CCAGCGUCGACCAACCACGCCGCAACGGCUUUAGAUUACCAAGUCCUUGUUGUUGUGUUCGAGCUUUCUCAUCACACUACUCUCGUCCACUGCCGAAUCUGAACAAUAAACUCGAGCUCCUCCGGCGCGAUGCCUGGCCCGACUGCGGAGCAAGACAAACGCAAAGCGGCGCGCGAAACCGUUGAUAUCCUCCACGAGAUCUCCACUUUGCUGAACACACAACUAGAUCGCAACGUGCUGGCUCACUGCGUAUCGCUCAUCGAAAAUGGUGUAAACCCAGAAGCUCUAGCGGUUGGCUCCCAAAAUGCCCUCAUCGAUUGACUCGAUGCGGAGGCAAACUCUUGCUGACAUACAUAUAGAAGGUCAUCAGAGAACUCCGCAGCCAGCGUGAACGCUUCUUAGACGGCAAGGAGGACGCAUCAAUUGCUGCUUGAGCGGCG